AUGUCCUCCACCCGGUGGAGUGGGCCCGAGCUCAACGACAGCUACUCGGUGGAUUACUUCCGUGAGGACGCACCGACAGCGACGGUGGCGACCACGGUGACGCUGCUGGAAGAUAUGGUAGGAAUCAACCGGAUACAGAAGUCCAUCCGGCACCCGCUCGAGGACGCGUCCUCGCCCUCGCCCGUAACCGACGAUUACGUACCGUACGACGAGCGUCCGGAAACGUACAUCGUACCGGUGGUGUUUGCGCUGAUCUUCAUCGUCGGCAUCGUCGGCAAUGGGACGCUGGUGGUUAUUUUCCUACGCCACCGAGCCAUGCGCAACAUACCCAACACCUAUAUAUUUUCGCUGGCUCUGGCGGACCUGCUGGUGAUUUUGAUCUGCGUACCCCUCGCCUCCAUGAUUUACACCCUCGAGUCCUGGCCGUGGGGAGCGACACUGUGCCGGGUGUCCGAAUCCGCCAAGGACAUCUCGAUCGGCGUAUCCGUGUUCACCCUGACGGCCCUGUCCGCCGACCGGUACUGCGCCAUCGUUAAUCCGCUCCGGAAGCUGCAGACUCGACCGCUGACGGUCGUGGUGGCGUUCCUGAUCUGGCUGCUGGCCAUCAUUUGCGCGAUCCCCUCCGCGGUCAUGUCCGACGUGGUGACGGCGAACCUGUCGAACAAGGAUAUCGAGUACUGCACACCGUUCGGGCCUAGGGCGACGGACUCCGAUUACUCCAAGUAUAAAACGAUACUGAACUCAAUCAUCUACUACUUCCUGCCGCUGUCCAUCAUUGGUCUGCUGUACGCCCUGAUGGCACGUCGGCUGCAUACCAGCGCCCGGGAGAUGCCGGGGGAGAACGCAGGCCCGCAGAGUCGCUCGCAAGCCCGAGCCCGCCGGCACGUGGCCCGGAUGGUGAUCACCUUCGUCGUCGCCUUCAUCGUCUGCUUCCUGCCGUACCACGUGUUCGCGCUCUGGUUCCAUCUGUACCCGCACGCCAUGGAAGACUACGACGACUGGUGGCACAUCCUUCGUAUCACUGGCUUCUGUCUGAGUUUCCUCAACUCGUGCAUCAACCCGGUGGCACUGUACUGCGUGUCGGGCGUCUUCCGGCAGCACUUCCAUCGCUACCUGUGCUGCCGGCCGAUGCUGGUCCAGCGCCGGAUCGGCCUGUCCUCGGGAGGGAACGCCUGCGAGACGAGCUUCGUGUCGACCAUCCGGCGCUCGAACAACCACAGCAUCCGGAAGUCCUUCUCGGUGCAGUACAGCGUACCCUGCAAGAGGUGAAAGUUCGUGCGCAUGUUCGUGAACGGCCGCAGCCACGCGGACGCCAAGAACGUCCGGCUCGACCACCGGCCGCUGCCGUCGGAGGAGGUCGAUCGAACGAUGCCCAUGGCGAUCCGCGAGCACCA